AUGAAACUCCCAGACCCCGUCGAAGAGAAGCCGCUGGAACUGAAGCCUCCAGCAGUGUGGUCGCUCAAACCGGCGGUUGGCAACGUCGGCAGAGUUGGCAACGUCGGCAGAGUUGGCAACGUCGGCAGAGUGGGUAAUGUCGGCAGAGUGGGCAUGGUCGGCAUAGUCGACAGACCUGGGAGAUUCGGCAGAUUCGGCAGAUUGGGGAGGUUUGGCAGAUUGGGGAGGUUUGGCAGGUGCGGCAGGUUCGGCAUACCUGGUAGAUUCGGGAGCGCUGUCGAUCCCGAACGCAUGGUCGGGCCACUGAAUGCCGUCGAGCCCGAACUCAUGGUCGGGGCGCUCGACAUUGUCGUUGGGGCGCUUGACAUUGUCGUCGGGGCGCUCGACAUUGUGGUCGGGACGCUUGACAUUGUCGUUGGGACGCUCGACAUUGUCGAGCCUGAGCUCAUGGUCGGUGCGCUGGGCGUGGUGGAGGCCGAACCAGUGGAUGCGCUGCUGAAGACUGGCAAGGAACUUCGUGAAGCGGUCGGAAGGCUAUCAGCUGGUGUAGAAUUUGUGAGUCCCGCUGAGCUCGGAAUGCCCCCGCUGGUUGUCACUGGGAACGAAUAG